AUGCCACAAAAGUCAAAACGACAAGUUCAUUCAACAGCAAUAUCUUACGCCUUUCUACGGAAGCGAGGUCUUGAAAGUGAACAUUUCAGUGGCUCCUCUGAAGGGGGAUUCGACGUUGAUACUACGGAUAGUAGUCAAGAAAGGUCAAGCAAAUUCCAAGAUAAAAUUACAGGUGAUGAUAUGUCCGAUUUGUUCGAACACUGUAAAUUAAGAUGUCCGGUGAAGUAUCUCAGCGUUUUGGUGUACAUGACUUUGAGAAAGUUCGGCGUGAGUUGGAUUAAUUGCGAUAAUUUUUUACGGCAAAUGGGAGCAUUUACAGUUGAGACGUCACACAAAUGGACUGAAGUGUUUAUCUCUGGUGACCUGGACGAGUUUCAGGGGGAGAAUCAUGGCGGCAGAUACUUCUCUGAAUUUUAUGACUUCUUCCCAGAAUUAGAAGAUGCUGCCAAGCAAUAUACCCUCGAACGAUGCUCAGAGAAGUCUGCCAGUUUCACGGUUGUGGAUCUUGCUAAAUUUAUCGAUAAGAAGUUUUACGAAACAACGAAUAUAAUAAAAGAUCCUGAAAGUCCAUUAAUUCGAUCUCUAUCUUCUUGUCGACUAGACUUACGCCGUUGGGGUGCUCGAUAUAAUAAAAACUCUCAGAGGCCUUACUUCGAGGGCCAUGAGAGGAUAGACGUUGUUGACCAUCUUCAGCAGUUCAUCAACUAUUUCCUUGAUCGAAAAGAUUUUUACUACACAGUUACAGACGAUGAUAAACCUCUAUGGAAACUGUCAACUCAAACUCCGCCCUGUAUCUUGAUUUUUCACGACGAAAGCACUUUUAAAAGUGGGGAGGUGUCGGCGAAGAGAUGGUUCUUCGGAGAGGAAGCACCAUUCCAUUCGAAGAGAAGGGGAAGAUCAAAUAUGGUGUCUGAUUUCUUAGUUCAACAUAACUCUGGACCGUUUUUCAGUCUCUCUCAAAGUGAAUACGAAAAGGCAUUGGCUAAACAUCCUCAGUUGGAUGGUGACUUAUUAGUGAACCAUUUUAGCUUUUUGAAUCCAAUGCUAAUGCGUUUUUCAUGCGUAUUCUUUCAGCUGAUACAGAUAUAA